AUGAAGUGCGCCAUGUCGCUCUGUGUGGCAUUUACGACUGUAGUUGUAAUGAUGAGCACGGCCACCGCGGACAAUUUUCUGCAACCAAGGCAGCUCCAGGCACAACAACUGGAUUGCGAUGAGAUGAGCUACUCACAGUGCUUGGGCAAUCUCUUCAACCAGACGGAUGCGAUGAGGGAAUGCUGCCAGCGCAAGGUGGAAGAGAGCUGGGUCGGAGUGAGGGGCCGCCUGCCGUGGUGGGGCUGGCCCAUCUUGGCCUUCGGCGGUGUGGUGCUCUGUGCCUGCUUCGUGAGCUGCUUCGGCUACAUCUGCCGCUGCCGCUGCUUAAAGGGCAAGUGA